AUGUUAUUGCUGCAGCCAAAGGGAGAGGUACCGUCUCCUUCUGAGGCCUCGUGGGCCUCGCGGGGUGUCUCCUUUGGGGGCCCCGGGGGCCCCCGUCUCCCCUUCUCCUCCAGCUGUCUCCUUGGGGGUCGUUCUGCUGCUGACCCUUUCCGCAGCAGAGCAAAGGGGAGCAGCAGGGCCCCCAGCAAGCACGUCGAUGCCUUUGAGGCAGCAGUACCUGGGGGCCUCACAAGGCUUAAUAGGGAGCAGCAGCAGCAGCAGCAGCAGCAGCAGCAACAGCAGCAGCAGCAACAGCAGCAGCAGCAGCAACAGCAACAAGUUGGGGAACAGCAAAAACUCUCGCCGCAGACACAGCAACUGCAGCAACAACAAAUACAGCAGCAGCAGAUCCAACAGCAGCAGCUGCAGCAGCAACAGCAGAUGCAGCAGCAACAGCAGCUGCAACAACAGCAGCAGCUGCAGCAGCAACAACAGCUACAGCAGCAACAACAGCUGCAGCAGCAGCAGCAGCAGCCGCAGCAGCAACCAACGGUAGCAAGCGUUCUGCAGCAGCAAGAAACCCCAGGGCUGCCGACACCACCGCCCCCGCCCCCUCCACCCCCGCAGCAGCAACAUCACCAGCAGCAGCAGCAGCAGCAGCAGCAGCAGCAGCAACUGCUGCUGCAGCAGCAAACCCCAACACCUCCCCACGAGGAGACAUCUGCCCUCUCGCGGGAGCCCGAACAGCAGCAGCAGCCUCUACAGCUGCAACCCCAGCAGCAGCAGCAGCAGCAGCAACAGCAACAGCAGCAGCAGCAUAUGAAGCCUCCUCCGCAGAUGCUGCAUUCACAGCAGCACUUACAGCAGCAGCAGCCGCAGCAGCAGCAGCAGCAACAGCAGCAGCAACUUCUGCAGCAGCAGCAAACAGCACGCAUGCUCCAUCAAGCCCCCGCUGGUUAUGUGCCUGUGUCGAUGCCUGCUGCUAUCAUAGGGCCCCAGGGGUUGCUGCUGCACCCGGUGCCUGUUGUUGCUGCUCAUCCUUUCUUGCUGCAGCAGCAGCAGCAGCAGCAGCAGCAGCAGCAAGCUCUACGCAUGCAACAGCACGCCGCGCACCCCAUGGUGGUACCCGUUCAGUCGCAGACCGUGCAGCAGCAGCAACAGCAGCAACCGCAGCAGCAGCAACUGCUGCAGCAGCAUCAACCCAUGCAGCAGCAGCAUGAGCCUCUGCAGCAGCAAUCAACCCCCCAGCAGCAGCAACCCAUGCAGCAGCAGCAGCCUAUGCCGCAGCAGCAGCCUGUGCAGCAGCAGCAGCAACUUAUGCAGCCGCAGCAGCUUAUGCAGCAGCAACCAGUGCUGCAGCAACAGCAGCAUUUGCAGCAGCCGCAGACGAUGCAGCAGCAGCAGCAGCCAAUGCAGCAGCCUAUGCAGCAGCAGCAUAUGCAGCAGCAGCAUAUGCAGCAGCAGCAUAUGCAGCAGCCACACAUGCAGCAGCAGCAGCAACAUAUACAGCAGCAGCCACAUAUGCAGCAGCAGCCACAUAUGCAGCAGCAGCCGCAUAUGCAGCAGCCCCAUAUGCAGCAGCAGCAGCCCCAUAUGCAGCAGCAGCAGCCGCAUAUGCAGCAGCAGCAACAUAUGCAGCAGCAGCAGCAGCAGCAGCAGCAGCAGCUAAUGCAGGCGAACAGCGAUCUGAAUCAGCAGCAGCAGCAGCAGCAGCAGCAGCAGCAGCAGCUGUUGCAGCAGCAGCAGCAGUAG